GGGCGCAGCCUGGGGAGUGAACAGCCCCGGGCGCUCUGGGGCGCACAAAGCGCAGGCGCAGCGGGUUGGGAGGCCGCAGCACCAAGUAGCGGCCGUUUUGGCAGCAGCGUCGCAACAGGUGUAGACAGGUUCCGCCUGACUCUGCCCUGGAAAGUCCUUUUGAGGAAAUGGCCCUGGUGAGGGGCGGCUGGCUGUGGAGACAGAGCUCCAUCCUCCGCCGCUGGAAGCGGAAUUGGUUUGCCCUGUGGCUGGAUGGAACCCUGGGCUACUACCAAGACGAGACUGCGCAGGAUGAAGAGGACCGCGUGCUCAUCCGCUUCAACGUCCGAGACAUAAAGAUAGGCCAAGAGUGCCACGAUGUGCAGCCCCCAGAGGGCAGGAGCCGAGAUGGCCUGCUGAUCGUGAACCUACGAGAGGGCGGCCGCCUGCACCUGUGUGCAGAGACCCGGGAUGAUGCCAUAGCAUGGAAGACGGCACUGCUGGAGGCGAACUCCACCCCGGUGCGCAUCUACAGCCCAUACCAGGACUACUAUGGGGUGGUGCCCCCCAACGCUCACGAGGCCACAUAUGUCCGCAGCUACUAUGGACCGACCUAUGGCCCCGGCGUGACGCACGUAGUGGUCCGGGAGGAUCCUUGCUACAGCGCGGGCGCCCCCCUGGCCAUGAGCAUGCUUGCGGGAGCCGCCACAGGUGCAGCACUCGGCUCGCUCAUGUGGUCGCCCUGCUGGUUCUGAGCCCUGGACCUUGCGCGUAGAGCAGAAAGACCCCUUUCCUGCUUGGUCCCACCCUCCACCAUCCAAACCCUGUCCCACUUGGCCCCUUAGUUUCCAUUAGCCUCUUCUGGGCUCGGAUCGUUCCUCCCACUCCCCACCCUCACCCUGCACAUCAGAAGAAGCUAUCAUCCCAGGCACAAACAUAGCUCAAAUUUCUUUUAUCUACUGCUAGACACCCCAGAAAUCCGUUAUAGACACAUAUGGGUAUGUUUCCCCCAAACACGCCAGGACACAGAAAAUGCAACUCAUGGGUCUUCAAGUUGCCCAGGCACUGCAGACACAGGAAUCAGGUUCUUUCCCCUGGCAGCUCCAAGCUUGGUGCGGCAGACUGGAGUAAACAAACACUUUACAUGGUGGAGUUAUCAGUCUUUUGACAGUAUGAUGGCAAAAAGUGAGGAAGGUAGGCUCGGAGUAAAGUUGUUGGCAAGAGUGCAGAGCCGUGAACAUAAUGGCACAUCCAAAGAAUUGAAUGGGAGUUCAUUUGGGCUGGGGUGUGGGCAGGGGUCAGAUCAUGAUGGCCCUUCAGGCUAAGGAGGUUGCUGGCUAAGGGGGAGGUGUGAGCUUUUUGGAGGGAAGUUUCAUGAUUGCACCAUAAUGAAUAUAUUGCCUGUUUUAAUUCCCAAACCCAAAACACUCCCUGAGUUUAGCCUCAUCCUUCCCAGCUACCAGAUUUCUGGAUCCUUUGUUCCUUCAGUGUUCAGAAAGCACCUGUUUUCCAUGUCAAGGUGCCUGGGGCAGCAAUUGAGCUGAACCUGGGGUCCUCUUCCUGGGGGGCAGGUGAGCUCUCUUUGUGACUCGCCCUAGGUUGGUGCCUCCAUCAAGAAAUGCAUUUCUGUUCCCCAAAAGCUUGGCCCUCUAUCCAUAGCUGUAGCUAUCAGCAUCUCAGGCUUUGUCUCCUCCUUCACUCUUGGGGAGAUGGCAGUGUUCACCUCUGGGACCUGGUCCACCUUUGUCUCAGUCCUGAAGGCCCCACAUGUGCCUCCCUGCAGGUGGCCCAGCAGUCUCCCCAUUUGGUCCCCUUCUAGUCUCCUCCCCCAUCCUGUCCCAAUCACUAGUAGAAAUGCUAACAUCCCUGCCCAGUAGCCAGAGUAGCCUGCUAAAGUUCCCUUGUAGAUAGGGGCUCCAGUUGCCCUACUGCAGAGACUAAUAAAGGUGUGUUUGGCUCUA